CCAAAAAAGCGAAGAAGAUAGAAGAAGAGAACACAGAUAAGAAUGGUUUUCUCCAUAAGUAAUUCCCAUUUCUUCUGUGCUCGUCCAUGGCUUCUCAGUCGCUCACCCCUUCAAACCAAUUCUUCUUUAAAUCUCAAGUACUCCUUCUCUCCCUUCACUUCACUUCGAAUUUCUAUCUCAAUCUGUGAUAGUGACAGCUGCAAUUCCACUAAAAGUAGAGUUAAACAGUGCAGAGCCGCUAAGCAGCAGACCGGUUCAUCGGUGAAGAAGCGACAACGACUGCCGCCUAAGAAGAAGGCCGGUGCUCCGAAGACGGUGGUUGUGGAAGAUGAAGUGGACGCCGGUGACGAUGAUUCUGCCGAUUUGGGCACUCCCUCGCAAUCGUAUCAACCCUUGCCGCUUCCGAAACCUCCCGCUGGGUUCGUGCUGGAUGAUCAUGGAAAGGUUCUGAUGGCUUCAUCCAAGAGAAUUGCAACCAUUGUUGACUCUACAAAUAAUUUGCCAUUAGAGUGCAUAAUAAGAAGAGUAUUCAGAAGUUCUCGAGGGGAUGAGUGUAUGCUAUUGUGCCCAGUAGACACGCCUGUUCAGAUAUUGAAGAGCACGAACAUUGAAGGGUGGUCAGCUGUCAGUGAUGAGGAGGUUGAGGAUAUUCUUCCUGCUGCUGCUUAUGCUCUUGCGAAGAUACAUAUGCAUCUAGUGUUCAGUGGAUUUUGUUAUACAGCACGGGGAGGAUUUUGUUAUUCAGAAGAGGACAUAUUUGAAUUUCAUGCAGAUGAUGAUCAAGAGAUUGAUGGCAUACCAACUGAAGGUGUAGAAAUUACUUGCUUCCAUCAGGAUGGCACACAUUAUAUGAUCUAUACACCAUCUGAUCCACUUCUGUUUGUUGCUGUGAAGAAUCAGAAUGGCCUAUUGCAGAUUGCAGAUGAUGAUCUCUUGGAGGAUCCUGCCACCAUAGGUUCAAUAGAUGAAGAGACGGAAUUCAAUGCUUUAGUGGAGGAAGAGGCUGCUCUUUUUGAAUCAUUGUUAGGAGAACGAUGACCAGAUUCUUAGUGUUUACCACCAAUGUAGCUUAUCAUUGUGGGGCGAAAGAUGACCAGGCUGUUGGUGUUACGGAAAAGCUUGCUGCUCAUAUUAAUUCUGGUCACAUAACAAGUGCCAAGACGUAGCUGUUCACAUUGCAAGUGCUAAACACAGCUGUUCUAGCCCACAUGUAUAUAAAUAUAUUGCGUACUAGUUUAACCAGGUUGAGGCUGUUUAUGUAUUUAUGCAUAUAAAAAAGAAACUUUUCAGGCGU